AUGGCGCUCCGCUUCCAAGCCGUCAUGGCAUGCCGCUUCCGAAAACUGGCGGAGUCACCUAAUCGAACCUCCGCCCAAAGGAAUUCCUUAGCCACAACUGGUGCACUGUACCAUUUGAUCUCUACGGCCUCGACCGGACAGGGACAGCCAAACGAGCCUUGGCACCUGGUCAAGUCGAAAAAGAGCUUUGUGAUUGCCGUCGAGGCGGCAUCAUGA